GUCAUAGCGCGCGGAGCUCCAAGCUCCCCAAAGCUCCCAGAGCUCCGUCAGAUCACCAAUCCCUCUCCACUUCCUCCAUCUCCCAAAUCACCACCGAAUCCAAACAUUGCAUCUCUUUCCGAACCACCAUAUCUCGACACUCAGCUGGCUGGGUUUAUCAAGUUUUGCUACUCACUCACUCACUCCAGCAGAGAGAUAGCUGUCACCGUCGCCAUGUCGGAGAAGGCGCCUCUCAUCCCGGAGCAGCGUGUCGCCCACGACCGGGCACCAUCGCGGUGCCCGUACGCCCAACGGUGCUCCGCCGGAAGAGCCGUUGUCAAGGUCUUUGUCCUUGCUGCUGCUGCCGGAUUUCUGUACUACAACAUCCCAAAUGCCCAGAAUGACGUGGACGAGAGCAAGACCCCCGUUUGCAUGACUCCGGCCUGCGUCCAUGCCGCCUCCGAGAUCCUCUAUAACUUGUCGCCCAACUACAAGGAGCUUGACCCAUGCACCGACUUCGAGGAGCUGGUGUGUGGUGGAUGGAGGGACAGACACGACCUGCGUGCCGACCAGGGCGAUGCCUUCACCGGCACCAUUAUGUCGGAGAACUCGGAGCUCCUACUUCGUCACAUUCUCGAGACUCCUUAUCCCAAGGACUCCCAGCAUUCAUUCUUUUCGCCACUCCGGCUCGAAGCUACCGAUAAGUCCGCCGACGAGCAGAACUUCGACAAGAUGAAGGCCGCAUACGACGCAUGCGUGGACGAGGACAAGAUCAAGAGCGUUGGCAUUGAGCCUCUCGCCCAGAUUCUUGACGAUAUCAAAAAGGUCUAUCCCAUCGAGGGUGCCUCUGCUGCCGACGCCACCCCGACCAAGGAUGCCAUCCUUCUUCUCGCCAGAUACGGUGUCGACGCCCUUGUCUCGGCGGGCACUGGCGCGGACGACAGAGAUCCGGAUACGGUCGUGGUAUCUGUCGCCCCCCCAUGGAGCUUGGGUCUCCCCUCAAAAGAGCGAUAUGAGGACGACAAGCUCGUCGAGAAAUACCGCGGCGUUGCUGUCGAAGUACUCGGCAACAUCUUCCCCGACCAGAACAAGGACACCUUUGCCAAGGUCAUCGACCUCGAGAAGCUGCUGGCAGCUGCUUCCCCCAGCACCGAAGAGCGUGAAGACGUCACCAAAUAUUACAAUCCCAUGCUGAUCGACGAGGCUUCUGCGCUCGCUCCUGAAAUCGAGCUGACGGCGCUCAUCCACGAGCUGUCCCCGGAAGGCUUCAUUGUGGAGCGCGUCAUUGUCACGGCACCAAAGUAUAUGUCGGAGUUGUCCACAAUUCUCUCCGGAACCGACAAGGAGGUCAUCCAAAACUACUUUGUCUGGAAGGCCAUCCAGUCCUUCUCGUCUUACGUCGAUGCCGACGCCGUCAAGCCCUACAGGCGCUUCGUCAACGAGCUUGCUGGAAAGGACCCCGAAUCCGCCCCCGAGAGAUGGCGAACCUGUGUCGGCCACGUCGACGACGGCUUAGGUUGGAUUCUAAGCCGCUUCUUCGUCGAGAAGGCCUUCUCUGCCGAGGCCAAGAAGUUUGGUGACACCAUCAUCACCGACAUCAAGACGGAGUUCACCAAGAAACUCAAGGCCGCCAAGUGGAUGGACAAAGAAACCACAGCAAAGGCGGUUGACAAAGUUCAUAACAUCGUCCAGAAGAUUGGCUACCCGACCAAGAGCCCCGAUAUCAUGGACCCUCCCAGCCUCAGCGACUUCUACAGCUCGGUCAACGUCAACUCCGAGACCUUCUUCGAGAACGCCCUCACCGUCCGCAAGUUCGCCGUCGGAUACGAAUGGUCGGCUCUCGGGAAGCCUGUUGAUCGUGAGCAGUGGGAUAUGACCGUCCCUACUGUGAAUGCCUACUACAACCCGCCGGGCAACGAAAUAGUCUUCCCUGCCGGAAUCAUGCAGUUCCCCGUUUUCGACGUCGAAGUCCCCGCCUACAUGUCAUACGGUGCCUUUGGCUCUGUUGCCGGACACGAACUGAGCCACGCCUUCGACUCGACCGGCCGCCACUUUGAUCAAAACGGCAACUACACAGAUUGGUGGUCCGAGGACACCGUCAAGGCCUUCAAGGAGAAAGCCGAGUGCUUCGUCGAUCAGUACCAUAACUUUACCGUCCCGGGGCCGGACGACAAGCCCCUUCAUGUGAACGGGCGCCUCACUCUUGGUGAGAACCUUGCCGACGCCGGCGGCCUCUCGGCCUCGUACCAGGCCUGGAAGCACCGCGCACACAAGCACCCUAACAAGGAUCUCCCGGGCCUGGAGCACUUCACGCAAGACCAGCUCUUCUUCGUUACCUACUCCAACUGGUGGUGCGGCAAGUCGCGCAAAGACACUGCCAUCAACCGGAUCUAUACUGAUCCUCAUGCGCCCAAGUGGGCUCGCAUCCUUGGCACUAUGGCCAACAGUCGGGAGUUCAAGGAGAGCUUCCAGUGCAGGGACAAGAAGCCGACCUGCGAGCUUUGGUAAUUGUACCCAAGUGGGCUGUCGAAUUGGCGGUAUGAGCGUGAAGCGCGUUGGAUGUAUAGUAUGUAUGUACGGCACAUCUCAGAAUGAAGUCACUACUGGAUAUGAUUCAGAGGCAGUUGAUCUUGAGACAGUAUUCUUUUCAGAGUGACACAGUUUGACCUUGUAUCUAGUUGUCAUUUUAUUUUUGACAUGUUGAUUGUAGUCAUUAGGUGUGUACGUGAGUAUAGGUCUACUGGUCUAAGUCUGUUGAUCAGUGACGCAAGAUUCAGGUUCAGCAACCGCGUCCACUAAUCCUUCGACAUCUGUCACUCGAGCCUCCAUAAAAAGACACCGAUCGACAUCGUGGUCUCCUCCUGGCUAGGCCCAACCUCGGCGGCUAGCAAACCGGCCCUACGUCAGAGCCCACGAAGAUCUGGCCCCUGGGUAUCCGGUUGUGGUUUAGGCCGUCGUCGCUGUCUCGAUGUCUGACACCAAGCCCCGUUGCCCGAUAUAGCUUCUUCCCCUGAAUGCAAUCAAUCAACUGGCAGUCCAGUGAGCAGGAGGACGUGGAAACAUGGGGAAGAUGACAAAUUGUACGGCAAGCCGCGAUAUCCGCAGCCGCCUCUACAGACCGCUUGAGAGAUUACAAAGUCAACAUAAUUGGUUCUGAAAGAACAGGCCGGAGCUACGUUGAAUGGCUAUAUUGCUCCCAAGUUUAGAGUAGUGAGUGUCACCUUUUGUGAGGGUUCCAUCGGUUUCCGAACUGCGGG